AUGAAAGGCUGCCGAAUUGACACAGCUCAGGUCUUUGAAGAUCGCAUAGAACGUGGCUACUACCGUCUCGAUCUAGUCUUCAUUGCUGGCCUUCUCAACACAGUUGGGGUUCAAAGUACGGCGGCUAUGAAGUUACUUACAGGUUCGAGCGAAUUCGCCCAUCAAACAUCAUCCAUCUGUACGUCAAGCUAA